UCAACCGUGACAGUGACCUCUAAACAGGUCAUUUAAACGUUGGAAAAGUGUUCGUACUUUCUGUUUGUUUUUUUUUCAAUGAAUAUACAUACUUUAAGAGGAGGAAGUGAAAGGAUAAUGCCACUGUUGUUGUGUCAAUAUUAAAGUGAAAGUAAUUUCAAAAUAUGUACAGUUAUAUCCUGAUGUGAACACAUGUCUACAUUACAUCUUAAGUAGAGACACUAAAGAUAACGUACGUGACGGUUUUAGCCGAUAUAUAUUUUCCCUGCUAUGGAUUUAGAUCGAUUAUUUCUCUAUUAUGAAAGUGAUUUGUGAGUGGAUGUCAUUUGACGGUAUUAAGUCAACAUAAUUCAUACACUGUUGCCAACAUUACACUUACAAAAAAAAAACAUUGGGAUUAUUUUCAUUUUCAUACGGAAGACUUAACGGACGGAAUUAAUUAUUGAGAAAUAACUUAUAGUCUUAUACAAUACUGAUGGCGAGCCGUUCAAUGCGGUUUCGUGCAUUUGCCGACCGGUUCACGACAGUCCCUGAAGUAGCACAAGCCAUCAGAGAAGCUGGUCUCGGGAAAUGCGGACUUAUUUUCGGUAUUGAUUACACGAUGAGUAACAAGGUUCAAGGGGAGAAAACGUUUGGCGGAAAAAGUCUACAUAAAGUUGAAGAUGAUUUAAAAAAUCCAUAUCAAGAGGUUAUUGAGAUAUUAGGACAGACGUUAGAAUGUUUUGACGAUGACAGAAUUAUACCAGCGUUUGGGUUUGGUGACAAAACUCACAAACAAGAAGGAUAUUUUCCCCUGAAUGAGAAGAGAGAAUGUGUCGGAUUCCGAGAGGUUUUGGAUACUUAUAAUAGGGUUACGCCGUCGGUAAGUCUACAUCGGCCGACGAAUUUUGCUCCACUCAUCCAUAAGGCUAUACAGAUUGUUCAGCAAACUAGGAAGUACCACAUACUGGUGAUAGUAGCAGAUGGUCAAGUAACUGAAGAGCAAGAGACUCAGCAAGCCAUAGUUACUGCUUCACACUAUCCGCUGUCGAUUAUCGUUAUAGGUGUUGGAGAUGGACCCUGGGGGAUGAUGCAAGAGUUUGAUGACAGACUACCUACUCGAUUAUUUGACAAUUUUCAGUUCGUAAAUUUUCAUGAAAUAAUGUCGACGUCAAAUUAUGCGCCGGCCAGUUUUGCCCUGAACUGUUUGAUGGAAAUUCCAGAUCAGUAUAAAGCCAUUAAGCAACUUGGAUAUUUAGACUAUCAACAACAGUGUUGACGAAUACCUGAGAAGUCAGGUGUUGCGAUUAGCUAGAAAGCUUAAUUUAGACGAUUAGCUAAGAGUGAUUAUGUAUUCAGAUGGAACUCUUGUUAAAAGUUCCUGAAGGUUUUACAAGCUUAGUCAGUCACUGAUAUGUUUAAUGAUUAAUUGAGGAAGAAA